AUGGCAGCACUGGACACACAUCUCAGUUGGGGCCCCCAGGGAGAACAAUUGGGAUGGGACUACCCUGUUCCCCCUGUUGUCACAGCAGAUGACUUGGAGGAUUUCUUGGCCACUGAUGAACUGUUUGUUGAUUACUUCAAUGCAUUUCUUCAGCUUCCUACUUUUCCAGAACCCCUGAUUUUCAACAAAGAAAAGCGGGGUUUUGAGGUAGUGACGUCAGCCAAACAGGCUCUGAAGGAGAAGAUUCGAUCCCUGAUCCGCUCGCAACAGAAACCCAACCCCAUCUAUACUGCCACCAAGAGGCUGAUGAAGUCCAAGCUACCGCUUGGAGCCAAGAUGCCCAGCGGUCCGCAGUACACGGAGGAAGAUUUUGACGUAAAGACGAGCUUCAUGGUCCAGUGUCUGAACAAGGAGCAAGGAAUCCAAUGGAUCAAGGAGGAGAGAUUGCCGGCUUUCUUACAGAGUGAUUCUUACCUGGAAUUCAGAUUAGCAAAGCUGAUCUCACAAGUUGAGAUUGCUACCAAAGACAGUGAUGUUCCUAUUCAUCUUUAUAUUGAUGCCACCUACAAACCCUUUGCUAUUGAAAAACCACCUGUUGUUGAACCCCCGAAAGUUGACGAACAAGGCAUAGCCAUGCGCCAAAUGUAUGUCUGCAUGGGAGAAGCCCAUGCCACACAAUCUAAGGAAUGGUACAGCGAUGUCAAAAUGAAAUCUGGCACGACGACGACCAAUUCAGUACAACCGCGUAGUUCAGAUGGGUUCGGUAGUUCACGACCGGCAAGUAGCCGGCCAUUGAGUUCGGCGAGUGUUCGGCCAAUGAGUUCAAUGAGUGGUCGACCGCUUAGCUCCUCAAUGAGUGUUUGGGAUCAGGCUACGGCUGAUAGUGGAAUCGGAAGCCCUUGGAGACAAGACUCCUUCAGCACCUCAAACUUUGACCCUACGAGUCUUGAAGACAUUCCUAACAGCGAGAAGAUGUUUCAUAGUCCACCGAGGUUGCGUUCCCCACCUGUGUGGCGCCCUCCCAUCGGCGAUGAUUCUUGCAUGGUUGCCGAGAACGUAGGAAAGAGCUUCAGCGGACCUGUCCAUGUUGCUCCUUCUGGGUCCAAGUUCAAAAUGGUGAGAGGAGAAUCGCUGGAUGAAGUCGAGGAUGAGAAGCUGAGCACGGAGAGCGGGUUUGAUGCUGAGAGCCAGCAGCUGAACAACAGCGAUAACGAAAACGACGAGGAUUUACCAGAAAUGCAACCGCAACCGAUCCGAGUUUCCUCACUGGAGGAUAUGGCAAACGUCGUCGUGUCCUAUGCCAUGAAGUCUGCCAUCGGCGUGGUAACAGAGGUCUCCCAGGAUGAAAUUGACGCCUAUAUUGACGAGAACAUUCUAAGAUCGCUCGAUGUCCACAGUGCUGAUUUGACGGAGGAUGCUUUACAUGAUAUGGAGGUGAUUCUGCCAGCUGAACGUAAGAGACCGUCCAUUUUGAAAAAUGGUCUGGAUGUGCAAGACGAUUGGAGGACAAACAGUCGAAUAUCCAUGGCAACUGUGGGCAAUGACGGUGCGGAAGAGGACUCUCUGUUUGACAGUGACAACGAACAAGAACCCGAUGAAAUCAAAGAUCCCUUUUUCUCUAAGCCGAGGUACAGUUUUGAUUUGAGCAACAAGAGAGGCCUGGAUGGAUUCAAGAGAUUCCUGUGGGGGACCACCGGAGAGAAAAUCUGGAAUCUGUGGUUGGAUGUGGACCGCGGACACAUGAUUGAUGACAAGGAGGUUCAACAACACUUCGUAGGUCAGUUAAGGGAUAAAUACUUGAAGGCCGGUGGAAUCUGUGAGCUGCCUAGAGAGAUACUGAAGUCGCUUGGACUUGAAGCACCUUCCAAAUGGACAAGCAUGGACAAACUUGCCAAACUACAUCCCGACGUGACGGCACCACUUCUCCUGUAUUGGGCACCACGAUUCCUCAUGCGGGAAAUGUACACUGGCAGCGCUAACAGCAGCAGUACAACAACCAAUCAGAUUUACCAUCGCCAGAAGCUACUUAACAGCAGCAGCAGCAGCAACAGCACCAGCAGCAGCACACAUCCUGAGCCCAGGACCGUCACGCUCCUACCGCUGAGACCCAAGACCUGCUGGCCAAGACUCAGACAUAGCAUUGCUCUUCCAACAGAGCAGGCAGCAAACAGAAGUGACAAAUCCCCAAGUCCCCCUCAAGUCCGUAAGACCCAGCGCAGCAAGACCCUGCCCAGUCUGCCUAUCUCUAGCCUAAUGACCUCAGUCACGCCUAAGAAGCCCACCCAUCACUCCAAGACUGCUUCCCCAUCUACACCUCGGAGAAUCACCAUAAGCAUUGGAUCGGGGAUCAAGCCAAGCCCUCCCAGAGGGUCCCCCAAAGCAGUAGCCUCCCGAUCGAUGAGUAAGAAUGUCAGUGGUGUGGCUGCGUCUGGGGAUACAGCGCCUGAGGUAGCAGAUCAAAGAGAUGAGAGGUUCAGUGUCAGCGGUGGGAUUAGCCAAGAGAGAUUCGGUGGCAGCGGUGGGAUUAGCCAAGACAGAUUCGGUGGCAGCGGUGGGAUAAGCCAAGAGAGAUCAGUCACUAUCGGAACUGAGGAGAUUGUUGGCGGGCAGGAACAGGAUACAAGUCAUGGGAGACCAAACACGCCUCACAAGCCAAAGCGUCCAACCUCAGCCUCAUCCACGUCCAGCAGUAUUGCCUCUGAGGAGAGUGAGUUCUUUGGAGGAAAUCGGAUGGAGAGUCUGUUGGAAGGACUCUACCAUGAGAAGAAGGCAGGAGGGUUCUUCAUGGCUUACCUGGAGAAACUAGACAAUCCUACCCUUGUCAACUGCCUGAGUUGUUGGCAUGAGCUGCAGGACUAUCAUGCACUCUUCUAUGCCGAUGUCUUUGAUUCAUUCCAUCUGCAAAGAAAAGCCCAGGCUAUCAAUUCCAAGUACAUUGUCCAUUGCUGCUUUUAUGACAUCGAGUGCCCGCCGAAUGUCCGAGCCCAGAUUUAUCGGGAAGUGGCACCCCCAUUUGAGGAACUAUUUGACGGCGCGGAGGAGCACAUCUUAGAGAUGCUGCUCAAGCCUUGGUCAGAGAUGAAGAGUAGUGAUACGGUGCUUUACAAUAAGAUUGAGUUGAUUUCAGAAGAGAGACAGCUGGAUGCAAUGAAUGCUAGACAGCUGAAGAAUUUGACUAGAAGAGGCUUCAUCAAGGAGCGUAUCUCCACACCUGACUUCAUGCUGGAUGAGGACGAAGAGGGCAAGCAGGAGGCUUACUACCAGACACUCCGAGAGAAGAUUCCUGAAGACUUCAGAGACUACGACUAUAACAAGCUCAUCCACAACCGGCUGGAGCUGGAACACUUCCGCAAAUUUCUCGAGGAUAACUACGCCAUUACUGACCUGAUGUGUUGGAUGGAUAUAGAAUCCUUCCGCCGUACGCCAUACCUGGACGCCAACAAACGAGACACGAAAGCCAAGGAUAUCAAGACCAAGUACCUGAAUAAGAAGUACUUCUUUGGCCCCAACAGUCCUGCAACAAGACCCCAGCAGAACCUGGUAAUGCAAGCUGGUGGAGGCUGGGGUAAGUUGCUCCUGGACAGGCCGCCUGAUCCCAUCCUGAUUGAAGCUCAGAAGUACGUCCGUCAACGUCUGGAGCGGAAGUGGCUUCCGAUGUUCCUACAGAGAGAGGACUUCCAGGAGAGACAGCGACCGAAUAUCAAGAUGGAGGACGUAGUGAGCGACGUCAUGAAUGCCAAGAAGCUACGAUCUAUGGCUAUUUAUCGGAUUCUUGAGGGUCGAUGGGUAUCAUCAUCUCGUGACAUCAUCGCCUUCCGUCAGGCUCUGAUGAACCCCGUCACCUGCGGACACUUCAGGAAGUUUUUCUCUGUCAAGGGAGACAACUUGGAGAACGACGUUCUCUUUUGGCUCGAGGUCCAGAAAUUUAAGGACAUGUACCACUCCCACACCGAUGAUUCCAUGAUCCAACAAAAGAUACAGGCCAUCUUACGGUGCUUCAUCAUGUCUGAGAUUUCUCCAAGUCUUCAUAUCGAUAUCACCCCUGAGAUGGCUGAGAAGAUUAUGGACAAGAGACCGAGAGAGAUGGGGCCUUAUGUCUUCAGAGAAUCGCAGAUGACAGUAUUCAAAGUGUUGUUCCAACACUGGGCUGACUUCCAGAAAUACCGCAAUACUCUGUCAGAGGAGAAGAUGCUGUUCGACCUUGAGAAAAAGAAGAAGAGGCAACGACGUAGGGAGAUGGAGAUGAGACGACUGGAGGAGGAAAAGGAGGCACGCAAGGGUGAGGACGACCAGAACAGCGUGGACUCCAAGUCCUUGAGUCGUCGUUUCAGCGUCUUUGCCGAGUUCUUAGAUGAGGGAGAAGAUGACGAGGAUUAUGAGGGACAGGAGAAAGUUCAGUGGAAGUACUCGGACUACAUGACAGCGCUGGACAGAGAAGAGAGAUUACUUAACGGCGAUGACAGAGCAUCCAGUAUAUUAUCAGCUAUCGAUAGCUACACAGAGGAGCAGAACUCACAGGCAAGAUCCAGCAGAACACUGCAGAGUGAGCAGGGUACCGUAUCAUCGGACAAAGGCUCCAAAGGAAGAUCCAAGAACAGAAACAAGGUCGAGAGCCAAGCCCCGGACAAAGCAGCUAAGAAGAAGGUCACGAUGAGUGUACCAACCAAGGUCGAAGGUCAAGGGUCAUCCAAGAAAUCAACCAAUGGGAAAGAGGCUUUAACAAAUGGUCAUCAGAAAGAUAAAGGCAAGGGUAGAACAACAGCCGUGAAUGGCUCAAGAAAGAGAUGAAGCUGAUGAACAAACCAAUAGGGAGAGAGUUUUCAAUUUGGAUCCAGA